CAGUGGUUUUACAGUUAGCAGGAGAAGCAAUGCCUGAACCUUUCAAAGCUGCUCCAGCUCCUAAGAAAGGGUCUAAAAAGGCCAUUAGUAAAGCGCAGAAGAAGGACAGCAAAAAGCGUAAGCGCAGCCGCAAGGAGAGCUAUUCAGUGUACGUGUACAAGGUGCUCAAGCAGGUGCACCCCGACACGGGCAUCUCGUCCAAGGCCAUGGGCAUCAUGAACUCGUUCGUGAACGACAUCUUCGAGCGCAUCGCGGGCGAGGCGUCGCGCCUGGCGCACUACAACAAGCGCUCGACCAUCACGUCGCGGGAGAUCCAGACGGCCGUGCGCCUGCUGCUGCCCGGGGAGCUGGCCAAGCACGCCGUGUCCGAGGGCACCAAGGCCGUCACCAAGUACACCAGCUCCAAGUAGUGUUUCAGUCGGUGUGAUUCUAAAGGCUCUUUUCAGAGCCACUCA